CAUUGGAUUGGGAAGUGGCCACGUCAUCAGCUUCGUUGCUUGGGGACUAUAUCGUCGUCUUCCCCAAACCCUGCGCAUGAGAAUAUUGAGAGAGAUCGAAGCAAAGGAUCAUUCAAUUCCAACCCUCUGAAUCUUUUAAUUUCCCCUUUCGAAAUUCUCCUCUUCUUUCACUGCUUCUAGUUUCUAAUUCUUCAAACUCUUCCUCGAUUCAUACUCAUAACUCUCAUUAGCUAAUUUCGCAUGAUCUUCUUCCAUCUCUCUGUGUUCUAAAUCCAGAUUCGUUUCACUCCCAUCUCUAUUUCAUUCAAUUCGCUGCAUCCAGAUUCAAAACCUACCUCUAUCUCUCUGCUCAUCAAUAACUUCAAAGGUAUUGUUGUUCUUCUGCAAACAAGUAAGAGUGACUUCAGAGUCUGAUGAUUCCUUGGGGUGGAGUUACUUGCUGCCUCAGCGCCGCUGCUCUUUAUCUUCUCGGCCGGAGUAGUGGCAGGGAUGCUGAAGUACUCGAAACAGUCACUAGGGUUAAUCAGCUCAAGGAGUUAGCUCAAUUGCUAGAAUUAGAUAGCAAGAUUCUGCCUUUCAUUGUUGCGGUAUCAGGAAGAGUCGGCUCUGAGACACCUAUCAAAUGCGAGCAUAGUGGCAUACGCGGUGUUAUUGUUGAAGAAACGGCGGAACAACAUUUCCUGAAACAUAAUGAGACGGGUUCUUGGGUACAAGAUAGUGCGUUGAUGCUAUCAAUGAGCAAAGAGGUUCCUUGGUUUCUGGACGAUGGGACAAGCCGUGUCCAUGUAAUGGGAGCUCGUGGUGCGACGGGUUUUGCCUUGACUGUUGGUAGUGAAGUUUUUGAAGAGUCAGGACGCUCGCUUGUACGAGGAACACUUGAUUAUCUUCAAGGACUUAAGAUGCUUGGAGUUAAGCGCAUUGAGCGUGUUCUUCCAACUGGAAUACCGCUAACAAUUGUUGGUGAGGCUGUCAAGGACGAUAUUGGAGAAUUCAGGAUUCAAAAACCUGACAGGGGCCCUUUCUACGUCUCUUCUAAAUCACUCGAUCAGCUCAUUUCUAAUUUGGGAAAAUGGUCAAGGUUGUACAAAUAUGCCUCCAUGGGUUUUACUGUUCUUGGUGUGUUCCUAAUUACGAAGCAUGUCAUUGACUCUGUUCUAGAGAGAAGACGGCGGAGACAGUUACAAAAAAGAGUGCUUGACGCAGCAGCAAAGAGAGCUGAGCUAGAGAGUGAAGGUAUCCAUUGGUGAAUCUCUUUAUUCUACAUAUAGGUUGCACUGGCUCUGACUACAAUCUCUUCUGACCAGGUUCAAACGGGACACGUGAGAGCAUUUCAGAUUCUACCAAGAAAGAAGACGCUGUUCCUGAUCUCUGUGUGAUAUGCCUAGAGCAGGAGUACAACGCUGUGUUUGUCCCGUGUGGUCAUAUGUGCUGCUGCACCGCAUGCUCCUCCCACUUGACCAGCUGUCCACUUUGUCGGAGACGAAUAGAUCUGGCGGUUAAGACAUAUCGUCACUGAACAACAACUCAGGCCUCAGAAACAUUCUCUACUUGAGUCUUGUCUGUAAAUACCGCAAAAUCAAAACAUUACACAGUUUAGCGUUCGAUAUUCCCUUUGGUUUGAUUUCGACAACAAAACAUUUUGAAUUAUAUAGAAACAUAAGGUGUUUACUCGAUUUGCAAAACAGUACAUUCGUGUUUACUUAUUCGUGUUGUUGCCAAUGCCAUGAGGUGUUUGCUCGAUUCAGCGAAUAGAUAUCAACAUUUUGA